AUGGAUAAUUUAUGCUGUUUCCCUCAGCUUUCAGGAGGACGUUCUUCUUGCGGCUCUGGGAAGGGAAGAAGCCAGCAGGGACCUGUCAAAUAUGGAUUCAGUUUAGUAAAAGGAAAAGCAAGUCAUCCUAUGGAGGAUUACCAUGUUGCUAAAUUUUUACACACGAAUGGUCGUGAGUUGGGACUAUUUGCUAUUUAUGAUGGACAUCUAGGUGAUAGUGUUCCAGCUUACUUACAGAAGCAUCUGUUUUCCAAUAUUUUAAAGGAGGACGACUUUUGGUCUGAUCCAAAUACUUCUAUUGCGAAAGCCUAUGAAAGAACCGAUGAGGCAAUUCUCUCGCAUACUCCUGACCUGGGACGAGGUGGGUCCACUGCUGUAACUGCAAUUCUUAUAAAUAGUCGACAUCUGUGGGUAGCCAAUGUUGGAGAUUCACGAGCGGUCCUUUCCAGAAAGGGGCAGGCUAUGCAGAUGUCCGUUGACCAUGAGCCCAACACGGAGCGGGGUAGCAUUGAAAACAAAGGUGGAUUUGUCUCUAACAUGCCAGAUUAUCUAGAACACGUGUGUCAUAUUGAAUCUGCUCUGAGACAGCUUAUCUCAACUGGAGACCAGGCAUAG